UGUUGUGAGCGAAAUUGUAUUCAUCAUUUCGAGAAAAAAGUUAAAAGGGAAAAAUUUGGGGACUGAAUUUUCAAUAUAACAACAAAAGAGGGGCAUUUUGGCUAUAACUGCCCCCCGUCUUCCUCUUUGGCACCUAUUCAUUUCCAGUCUCUCUCUGCUCUCAUUUCUUCGUCUCAAGGUUUCUGUGAAGAUCUAAAGUCUCAAUUGCAAUGAGGCCGAUACGUCUUCCAGAGCCGCCCAGCCCCAAAUUGGGGACGCCGGAAAUCUUUGAAGGCGGUGUCUCCGGCGUCGUUCGUCGCGCUGUCGUAAUUGGCAACGGCUUCCCUGGUUCUGAGAAUCAGAGCAUCGGCUUGGUUCGCGCUCUCGGCCUCGCUGAUAAGCACGUCUUGUAUCGAGUUACAAGGCCAAAAGGAGGUAUAAAUGAGUGGCUUCACUGGCUCCCGGUUUCUGUUCACAAGAAAUUGGAUUGUGUCAUGAGGAAAAUGUUUAUUUUACUAAUAUAUCGGGGAAAGAGAGUUGGGUCUCUACCUACAGAAAAUGGUGGCGGUCUUGGUUUGAAAUGUGUCUUAGAAGCUGAUGUCCAGGAGAUUGUAACCAUGGCUCGUCAGACUUAUGAAACGGAUGGACCCAUACUGGUGGUAGCUUGUGGCAGGGAUACCAUUUCCGUUGCAAGUUCUAUUAGACGACUAGCAUCUGAAAACGUCUUUGUUGUUCAGAUACUACAUCCCAGGUUGCAUCUCAAUAGAUACGACUUGGUUAUUACCCCUAAACACGAUUACUAUCCUUUGACUCCUGAAGCACAGAAGCAGGUUCCUCAAUUUCUACGUGGGUGGAUAACUCCUCGUGAACCUCCUGACAGGCAUGUGGUCCUCACUAUUGGAGCUUUGCACCAAAUUGAUGCUAAUUCCCUUCGUAACGCUGCCAGUCAAUGGCGUGAUGAAUUUGCAGCUCUACCAAAGCCCUUACUCGUGGUGAACAUUGGUGGUCCUACAAGCAAUUGUCGUUAUGGUGUGGACCUUGCAAAGCAAUUGACAACCUAUCUGCUUAGUGUUCUUGUAAGCUGUGGAAGCAUCAGAAUAUGUUUCUCUAGUAGAACACCUGAAAAGGUAUGCAGUGUUAUAACAAAGGAGCUUGGAGGUAAUCCUAAAGUUUACAUUUGGGAUGGUGAAGAGCCAAACCCACAUAUGGGCCAUCUGGCGUGGGCCGAUGCGUUUGUUGUUACUGCAGAUUCUGUUAGCAUGAUAAGUGAGGUUUGCAGCACCGGGAAGCCUGUUUAUCUAACGGGAUCUGAGCAUUGUAAAUGGAAGCUUUGCGAUUUCCAUAAAUCACUCAAGGAGCGAGGAAUGGUUCGACCAUUUACAGGCUUGGAGAAUAUAUCAGAAAGCUGGAGUUAUCCACCGCUCAAUGAAACUGCGGAAGCAGCCAAUCGAGUGCAUGAAGCCCUUGCUGAGCGGGGAUGGAGAUUGCGAGCAUAGGCGUUCGAUAAUUCUGUCCUUGUAAAAAAAAAAAAAAAGUCCUUGUAAACAUUCUUCAAUCUUCUGAACAACAAAAAAAAAAAAAUUAGGGAACAGCUAAAGGCUGUGAUAGCUCAUAUAUUUGAUUCCUCCCCUUUAGGGGUCUUGAGAUAUGUAGAACGAAUACUAUCCGUAAUCGUGCGGCCUGUAAAAUAGGAAAGUGGUUGAGCUUUUCUUUCCUUUCUUUUUGGCAAGGGUGGGUUUGUUUUAGUGAAAAUAAUACUACUUAGAAAAAAAAAUCAUGGAUAUUCUUCUC